AUGGACAAUGAAGGUUCUGAUAUCGGUUUUUCCAAUGAGGAUGACUCUUUUGAAGAUGAACAAGUUCAAAUUGUUCAUUCUUUGCCUUAUUUUCUAUUGGAGUUAAUCGCUGCUGGUGCUUCAAGCUCCUUUGCAAAAACUACAGUUGCUCCAUUGGAGCGAAUCAAGAUACUUUUGCAGACUAGGGCAGAAGGAUUUCAUUCAGUUGGGGUGUAUGGCUCAUUGAAGAAGCUAGUGAAGUAUGAAGGUCUUAGGGGGCUAUACAAAGCAAAUGGUGUUAGUAUCCUUCGAAUGUUACCCCAUUCUGCAUUUCAAUACAUGACAUACGAACAAUAUCGGAGUUUGCUGCACUACAAAUGCCCAUCUGUAGGAACAGGGCCUCUGUUGAAUAUUUUAGCUGGCUCUGCAGCUAAUGGAACAGCAUUUUUAUGCACUUAUCCCUUGGAUUUGGCUAGAACGAAGUAUGCUUACCAGGUGGUGGAUCGAAGUCAAAGUGGCAGUUAUGGUCUUAGAUGUAUCCAUUCGGUUCAUCCUGCACACCAAGGGAUAAAAGAUGUCUUCAGGACUGUCUAUAGAGGAGGUGGAAUGCUUGCUUUCUAUCGAGGUGUAGGUCCAACACUUGGUGGAAUCCUCCCUUAUAAUGUUUUAAAAUUCUAUGCUCAAGAAGAGCUCAAGAGAUGGGUUCCCAAAGAACAUCAAAGCUCCAUUGCAUUGAAUCUCUCUUGUGGCGCUUUGGCUGGCCUAUUUGGACAAACUGUCAUGUAUCCAUUGGAUGUUGUUAGGAGACAGAUGCAGGUUGACAUUCUGAAUCAGAGUGGUGCCAGGUACAAUAACACCAUUGAAGGUCUCACAGCCAUUAUUCGUGAUCAAGGAUGGAGACAGUUGUAUGCAGGCUUAUGCAUUAAUUAUAUGAAGGUUGUUCCUUCGGUAGCCAUUGGUCUUGCAUCAUUCGAUGUUAUUAGGUGCUGGCUUCAUAUCCCAUCCUAGCAGUUUUUGAUCAGUAUCAGCUGCAGAAAGAGAAGGUUUUCCAUUUUCCCCUAGAGAAAAGUAAAGAUUGUUCGAGGUGAAACACCAUCUCAAGGCCAGCUAGGUGUGAUCUGCUUUGGAGGAGAGCAUUUUCAUAGACUAAGCAAACAAAAUGUUGAUGUUGCUAAUACAGGAUUGUCUAAAAGAGCAAACCGCAGCUUUCUGCAGUCUAUGUUGAUCUGCUUCUUGCUGGAUUAGUUAUUUUGUAU